ACCACCCUUUCCAAACAUUCUCAAAUCAGAACACAAACACAUACGCAACAAUGGGUCUCCCUCAACAAACAAACACCCCUGUCGAAAAGCCCUCGACCUCGGAGACGGCCGAGAACAACCCCACCUCCACCCCUGCCGCCGAGGUCAGCACACAAAACAGCUCCAUCGGCGCCACGGAUCCUUCUGAACUGGCUGGAGGUGCCAUUGGCGGUACGCACGGAAGUGCAGAGGAGGCUGCUGAUAAGCUUUACGAGGAGAGAAUGGAGGAGGAAUACGCCAAGCGCGAGGGAGGUGCUUAAAUGGAAUCAUGUCGAUAAUGAAGUGACGAAAAAAGUUCAAUGGUCAGGGGACUGAAG